AAUCAAAAUUAAUAAGCAAACAAAAAGAUCAAUUCUUCAAUCUACUGUUCUUUGAUUCUUGUAUAAAUUCCAAUCAAAUUUUCCUCACCUAAUUUCCUUUUUCUAAGUAGGAGAAAAAACAAGUCGAUUAUUCAAUCGUUCUCUGUUUUACUCCCCACUUCAUCAAUGGCUUCAUUGCGUACAAUUUCAGCUCAAUCUCUUCCUCCUCUUACAAAACCAAACAAACCCACAAAAACCCAGAAAUUACCGUCACUUUUAUCGCUACCCACCACUUCCCGGCGCUCCUCCGUCGUCCGCGCCGCCGUUACAGGUGAUGUGUCGGCGGUGGAAACCUCCGUGGUUGUUGGGCAGUUGACGUUGGAGGGUCUUGAUGGCGGCGGCGGCGGUGAGAGUGGUAAUGGCGGUGGUGGUGAAGGAAAUGGUGGUGGUCAAGAUUUGAAUAAGUUGAUUGAUAGGAUUAUUAAUGCGACUAUUGUUCUUGCUGCUGGUACUUAUGCUGUUACCAAAUUGGUCACUAUUGAUCAUGAUUAUUGGCAUGGAUGGACGGUUUAUGAGAUUCUGAGAUAUGCUCCACAACACAACUGGAUUGCUUAUGAAGCAAUUCUGAAAACGAACCCUGUACUUGCAAAAAUGGUGAUUAGUGGAGUAGUGUACUCGAUAGGUGAUUGGAUAGCACAGUGCUAUGAAGGCAAACCUCUUUUUGACUUUGAUCGUGCUCGCAUGGUUAGAUCUGGACUUGUAGGAUUCGCUUUUCAUGGUUCUCUUUCCCACUAUUAUUACGAAAUAUGUGAGGCGGUAUUCCCUGUCCGUGAUUGGUGGGCUAUUCCUGUGAAAGCUGCCUUCGAUCAAACUGUUUGGACAGGAAUUUGGAAUACCAUUUAUCUUGUGAGUUUGGGGUUGAUGCGAUUGGAAUCACCGGCUAAUAUUUAUAAGGAACUGAAGGCAACAUUCUGGCCCCUGCUUACUACAGGAUGGAAACUUUGGCCUUUCGCACACAUUGUGACUUAUGGUGUUAUUCCUGUGGAACAAAGAUUGCUUUGGGUUGAUUGUGUGGAGCUUAUAUGGGUGACAAUACUUUCAACAUAUAUAAAUGAUAGCAAAGAAGCAAGAAUCGCAGAGGAAUCUGUUGAAGCCACAAUUUCAAGUCCUUCAGAGGAGUGAUGAAGAAGUUGACACUCUGUAGGACAAUUGUAUGUGAAUUUUGCUCAAAACUAACUGUGCUAAGUGAUCCAAAUGAGAGCUGAUUGGUAUGUGGUGGACUGGUUGGUUUCGGCUUUUGGAAUUUGUAGCUUCACGCUCUCCAUAUCUGGUUGUAAAGGAUAAUAGUGGCUAUGCUGCCUCUAAGUAAGAUGUACAAAACUACGAAAGGAGCAUUAGCAGCAUCAUACAUUCACACUUCUGUAUGUAUUAUUUUUUAUAUUCAACUCUAGAUAACUUAUUGUAUCUUUGAAUUUCUUGAGUUGAAAUCAUUGUAUAUUUGCAUAAUCUAUACAUAAUUACUUAUAAGAGCAUUAGCGUAUUCAUCUAAUCUUGUUGUCUAUUGUUUUAA